AGCACAUUGACCUCCCCACAAUCUCAGGUUUGAUUUCCGUCCGUCAACAGCAUUACUGGCGUCACAUAUGUCGUCACCUGGCACAGGGUGCUGUUGGUAUGCUGGUUUGUUUAGGGCCAGUAAUGCUGUUGACGGACGGAAAUCAAACCUGAGAUUGUGGGGAGGUCAAUGUGCUGUAUCAAGUUUAGGAACAACUGCCACCUGGUGGGUGGACCUGACCAGCAUCAACAGCAUCAAUCACAUCACCAUCUACUUCAGGACGGACAAUAAACCAUGGGGUAUAGUCAUAUUUACUAAAUGUUCUUCUAAUAUCUUCACAAAAUUCGUUCUUGGAUUCUCUGUGUACGUCUCCAAUACAACAGACAGACUACAGGGAACACUCUGUUUCAAAGACGACAAAUUUACACUAGACACCAUACCUGCUGUCUUCACCACCAUCUGUCCUGUAAAUGGACAGUACGUUAUUUACUACAACGAGAGACUACCAGGAGCUACCUACCCUGACGUGUACUCUGCCUCGGUUUUUAUUGCCCUCUGUGAAGUUGAGGUUUAUGGAUGUCCUGCUUCUGGAUGUUUCUCGUCAAAUAAUACCUCCCCCAGUCCAGAUGUUAACUGUCUGUACUGUCACAUAGAAACAAGCACAUUUCGGGGCUGUAAACCUGGCUACAAAGGUCACCGAUUUGAACUAGGUAAAAUUACAGAUGAGUAGCUUAAGGCUCUAAAAAUAUGAUUUUAAAAAACACGGGAAAACAUGGGAAUCACUUAAGUUAAAAUACAAUCCAUUUAAAGAAGAACAAAAAUGAAAAUAACUUUCAUUUUAAUCAAACA